AAUUAGUAAAAAUAACAAAAAGAUAACAUUACAACCUAAACCCUCACUUUCACCAUCUUCCUCCAAAAACCCUAGCCACCACCACCCUUUUUCUCAUUCACAACAAAGAAAAUGUCAGAAAUCGAUACAAGUAAAUCAAACAAAAAGAAAACCAAAUCCAAAACAUCUUCAGAAACCGACCAAACAACUGAUGACUAUCUCAUAAAACCACAAACAUUCACUCCAUCAAUCAACACAUCAGACUGGCCAAUCCUGCUUAAAAACUACGACCGGCUCAAUGUCCGAACCGGCCACUACACUCCACUUCCAUCCGGUUUUUCACCACUUAAACGCCCGUUAGCUGAAUACAUAAGGUAUGGUGUUAUUAAUCUUGAUAAACCAGCUAACCCCAGUUCACAUGAAGUUGUUGCUUGGAUUAAACGUAUUCUUCGUGUCGAAAAAACCGGUCAUAGUGGGACCCUUGAUCCUAAAGUUACUGGCAAUUUGAUUGUUUGUAUUGAUAGAGCUACUAGGUUAGUUAAGUCCCAACAAGGGGCUGGUAAGGAAUAUGUUUGUGUGGCCCGGUUACAUUCUAGUGUGCCCGAUGUCGCCAAAGUGGCGAGGGCGUUAGAGACGUUAACAGGGGCCGUUUUUCAACGACCCCCUUUGAUUUCGGCUGUUAAAAGACAGCUUAGAAUUAGGACUAUUUAUGAAAGUAAGUUGUUAGAGUAUGAUGCUGACAAACAUUUGGUUGUGUUUUGGAUAUCGUGUGAGGCGGGGACUUAUGUGAGGACUUUGUGUGUUCAUUUGGGUUUGAUUUUAGGAGUUGGGGGACAUAUGCAGGAGUUGAGAAGGGUUCGGUCUGGAAUUAUGGGCGAAAAGGAUAAUAUGGUGACAAUGCAUGAUGUCAUGGAUGGGCAAUGGAUGUAUGAUAAUUAUAGAGAUGAGACGUAUUUAAGGAGAUUAAUUAUGCCGUUGGAGGUUUUGUUAACGAGUUAUAAGAGGUUGGUUGUCAAGGAUUCGGCUGUGAAUGCGAUUUGUUAUGGUGCUAAGUUGAUGAUUCCGGGAUUGUUGAGGUUUGAGAAUGAUAUCGAGAAUGGCGAGGAAGUUGUUUUGAUGACUACUAAAGGGGAGGCGAUUGCGUUGGGAAUAGCCGAGAUGACUACUGCUGUUAUGGCUACUUGUGAUCAUGGGGUUGUGGCGAAGAUUAAGAGGGUUGUGAUGGAUAGAGAUACUUAUCCGAGGAAAUGGGGGUUGGGUCCUACGGCUUCGAUGAAGAAGAAGUUGAUUACUGAGGGGAAGUUGAGUAAGCAUGGGAAACCGAAUGAGAAGACACCGGCUGAGUGGCUGAGGAACGUUGUUUUGCCUACUGGUGGGGAUUCUGUGGUUGCUAGUAUUGCAGCUGCACCAGUAACGGAACAAAAAGUGGAAGUUACCGAUGAUGUGAAGGUUGACGGUGAGAAGAAGAAAAAGAAGGAAAAGGUGGAAGUUACCGAUGAUGUGAAGGUUGACGGUGAGAAGAAGAAAAAGAAGAAGGAAAAGGGUACUGAAGAUAGCGACGAAGGGCAAAAGAGGAAGUUAGAAGAGGCGGAUGUUACUGAAACGCCAAUAACUUCCAAGAAACGCAAGGUUGAAGAAGUGAAGGAGGCAACUGAAGAAGUUGUAGAAGGUGAGAAGAAGAAAAAGAAAAAGAAGAAAGAGGGCGAGGAGGUCGUCGUAUUAUCUGAUGGGGAUAAAUCUGAAAAGAAGAAGAAAAAGAAGGAUAAAGAAAAUGGUGAUGCCCCUGUAACCCGAUCAGCUGCUGUAAGUGAUGAUGAAGCAAACAAGAGCUCAAAGAAAAAGGAGAAGAAAAAGAAAAAAAAAGAUGCUCAAGAUGAGUGAUCGGAAGGAAUUCCAAAGCGCCUGAUCGCUCCUAUGCUGUGUUGUGCUGCACAUUUCUAGAGAGCCGGUUUUUCGCAUUGUCUUUGUUUUAUUUAGUUUUUAGCUCAGCAUCUUAGGUCUGCACCUGUAGCAUUCCAUAAAUGUUAUCUUUGUUGGUUAUAAGUUGAAAAUUUUGGUACUUUUGAA